AUGGCACUGCGCGAAGACGUGAUUGGCGCGCCGACCGUGGAGUACAAAGCGCCGGACAAAGUGACGAUUCCCGAAUUGGUGGCGGGUCUACACCCAAUGGAUCUGGCUCGCGACUUUAUGCUAACUCGCCUCGUCGUCGCCAUGGUCGCUCAGAUAUUCUUAUACAUGAUUGACAGUGGCAUUCGAUACGGCUACAUCUGCACCGGGGAGGCGUUCGUUUUCCUUUAUAUCCCGGGGGGUAAUCCCACAUUAUUCAAUAUUCUCUUGUGUAUGCCCAAUCAAGAUGCGCAGGCGGAUGUGCAGGCGGAUGUGCAGGCGGACGAUGAAGUGCGCCUCCACCGGACCGCCAUCGGUCAGGUUCUUGCGUUCACGCUUCAAGCGCUGGCCGUCGAACCUCCGACUCAAAAAUGGCACGAUGUGGCACACGACCAGCUAACAACUGGAAGGUUAAAUAUCUCGACGUGCUUUCUAGCUCGGCAAGUAUCGUUAAAUUGCCCGCACCAUUUGUGA